AUCACUAUGACCCAUUUUGCUAAAGCACUUUUUUGAACCCAAGGCGCCUUUGUGCUCGGCUGCGGUUCCUCUACGCAAGCUAUCACUGUAAAGAAAGAGAAUUGUACAAUUGUUAACAGACAUGGAUUUUAGUAAUGCAUUGCAAAAGAACGGUCUUCGAUACAAAAAGGCCCUGGACCGAAUCAUAGAUAAGUAUUCGAAGCUUCAGUAUCACAACGGGGGCAUAGAGGUGGACCUCGAAAAUACAAAUACCGCAACAAUUGGUCGCUACAUGGAGAUGGCAGAACUCGAGCUGAGCAAGUUGGAGUCAAAGAGCUCCGCAGAUUCGAGAGAUGAGUCAUUAAGAUCACAAGACACUACAAGAGAUUCCCAGUUGGACUUCACAUUUCAAAGUACUGAAUUUCAUGAUACUCCUGCAUCAACCAGACAAUUGUUUGGAGAGGAUGAUGGAAUGGCUGGAAGUGAGCCAACCCAGCUGACUGUGAGCCUACUGCAUGAAAGUGGGGGAAGCUUUUCAGAGACGGAGAUUCAACCUGAAGACCAAGACGAGGAACUGCAAAUGACACUGAGAAGUCAUAACACUUUGGGGGACCUCUACCCCAGCAUGAUCAGUCGAAUAGAAACGGCCUGGCAUCGAAAUAAUGUGUCUCAGGCUGCUGACGCUGUGCUGACCAAGUACCGCAAAUGGCGAAAGCAUUCAAGAAGCAAUAUCAGCAUCAACACUUCAAUUGUUUCACUGCAGCAUAGCAAGGAAAGGCAGAUGACCAGCAGCAUUCUGCUCCCGGAAGACCUCCCAGAAAGAGGGCAGUACACAAGGGCUGAAUAUUUGCCACGGUCUCCUUUGAAGAUGGUACAUAAGCUGCAGGACAGGAUGGCACAACAGCAGUUGCCUGGUAGGCAGACGAGCUCACAGACAAGAGAGCAGCACAAGCCUAUCCUCUCGAUGGACUUUUAUGAGCCACCUGAGACUUCAAGGCCACAAAAAAUCUUGCUUAACAAGACCUUCUCUGUGCCUGAUUUGACCCUUCUAGGAGAACAGUCCUAUUCCUAUCAUGGGAGUCCUUCACGGCCUUGCUAUCCCACUGCAAACGCAGCCUUGCAGAGUUCUCUUUGGAAUAAAAGGCUUUCCCUGUCUGCACACAAACAGCAGGCUGCUGAAGGCUCUGUGUUUGCAUCAGAAAACAAUGCUGUUAAUGACAGACAUGUCUAUAGCUCCCCAGUCAGACAAAGUCCAUCGAAGAUGAGGAUGUUGACCAGCUUCAGUGGUUCACCUAGAUCCUUUUACAGAAGCCCCAAAGAAUCACGUAGAGAAAGCUUUUCAAGAGAGACUGCACAGUCUUCAUCAGUGUCAACAUUUCUGUCCUCCCCUUUGCAAAAACCUACUGGGAACAGGAUACUCUACCCUCAACACUCCAACCACACUCUCCAGCUGCCUUCACUUCAGUCAGCUAGUCCAGAAGGUCGUGUCAGGCUCCGAAGGCAUCUUUUCUGCGAUUCAUCCCAGCCAGUACUCAGUACUUCCCACUCACCAAAGCAGAUCGAUGAAGACUUUAAAAAACUGUACCACAAGUUUGUAUGUCAGAACAAGUCUUUCUAUAAUAUCCCUCCCUGUCGUCUCUGUGCUGAACGCUCUAGAGCCAACCAAAGUCACUCGUCCUCGGUGCUGGCUGCACUGGCCUUGUCACCUCACCGCUCUGUCUUGAGGAAGCGCCAAAGAGAGUCAGGCUCGGACAGCCGCCCCCACUCUAAGCGCUCCAGGGAAGAGUAUUAUACAUACUCCCCAGGCUCCAAACGUCGUGAGAAUGAAGUGCUGGGGCACUGUCUUCCUUCAUCUCAGCUUGAGCAUCAUCAUGACCGUAAACGCAGUGUGUUUCAAAAUGUCGGUACCCAGCACCACUCAGCAGAUGCCAGGAGGAUUCAAGGUCUGACUUUGUCUGGCUACGGUAUGUGAGUGUAGAGCAGCACACAGCUACUGCCACAGCAGGUGCAGGAAAUGGUGAAAACAAACCAGUCAUGGGCAAAACCUGCUCAGAGACGUUCAUACAAGUCAGACUGGAGGGAAAAAACACAAUAUUUCAGUUCAUAUUUUAUGAUCCAACCAAGUUCAAGUGUUGUGUAGUAGUCAGAUAUUUCCAGUACAGGUAUUGGAUUAUUAGUGCACAAAGGAGCAUUUGACAGUUGUUGCAGUUUAAGCUCAAGAAAUUUUAAUAAUGUAACAAAGCUAUUAAGGUGUUAAAUUUAAGCGCUCGUUUAUUUAGUUUGUGUUUUUGUUUUAGUCCUGUGGAGGCUGGUUAUGCGUUUGUUAGCUCAGUAUUUGUGAAUCAUUAAAAUAAAACCCAGUUGUUUGUUUCUCAAACAAAAAACAAA